GGAGUAUACGACGUAGUACGUGAAAGUGAUCAAAAAGUAACAGAAGGUUCACAAUGAUGAAGAACAUGGCGGUACGCCGAGUGGUUCAUAACGAAACUUCUGAUGCUCUAAAGUAUUGAAAAGGCUGAUCAGGAGACCCCCUGAGAAACGACAGUGGUAGCUGUCUCUAGUAAUAGGAGAGCAAAUAUAAAGGCAUGGACGUGCAAGGGACUCUGUAUUUUUUCGGUGGUGAGUGAACGAUGAAACGCAAAUUAAAAAAGGGAAAUGUUUAAAACGUCCAAGCUUACUCUAAACGACCUUAAGUUAAUUCAGCUUUUGAUUUAGAUUCUAGUUCAUCGAAUCCUGUUAUAGUUUUGGUAGCAAUUAAAAGUGCUCUUGAUUUUAUUUCCACUGAUGGUUUUGAAUAAUCAAGCAGCUAAAAGCAACCUCGCACAUAAGCUUACAGCAAGAUGUUUAAAUCUGCAGUUGACCAAUGAAAAAACAACAAUUCAGUAUUACACUUACACAAAAAAAUUAAUGCAAAAAAGUUUACCGUUACUUAUCCUGGUGAAUAGAAGAUGAAGUAAGAUUGUCUAAGGCUGUAGUCACUUUUGAAGUAAAUCAUGACAGUCAAACUUACUACUGCAAGUCUCCUUCAGGCACUAAGGCUGACUGGGUCAACUGGGUACGCCUUUUAAAGUAAUACCAUAGCUUUCCUUCACCUUUCUUUAGUUUACUAGAGCAGCGAAUCAUAACAAGUUCCAUGGUGAAAGCCUCAAGAAAGUUUAUUGAAUAGAAUUUUAUUAACUAAAGGAUUUUUAAUGUUUCUGUUAAAAAAAAAAAAAAACAGGAAAAUGUAUUACUUAUACACAGUAUAGGUAAUUACUAUCAUCAUAAUAAUAUAACAUGGGUGUGAGUAAUAAAGAGGCUUAUUUCAUGUGUGUUUGCUCUGUGGGACCAUAAUAUGAUACCCAUUGCCCAUCUGAGGAAAGGCCAUUAUAAUGUUUUUUUAAGUUAAUUUCACGUCAGAAUGUUGUUGAGACAUAAGAAACUGGCUGUUAGUGAGAGGUGUAGGUGUAUUUGUAUUUGUACUAGAAAGGUGUCUGUGAAGAGAACAGUGAUUGUAUGUUUUUCACAUAACCAAUGUUUUGUGUGUUUUAAUGCAUCAAAAACCAGAACCAUGUCAUUAGGAAUGAGAUCUUUCACACUUAUAUGUACAUGACAUUGUGUAAAUAGAUAAACCCACUGUUUUUUUCCUUGUGAAUGAAACUAUGCUAUGAUUUUCCCUUUAUUUAAUUUUGUUUGUUUUUUAUUUUGAUAGAAUACUAUAAUUUCCCCAAAACAACACAUUUACAAUGGGUGUAGCUCCUAGACCUCUUACAGUAGAGAAUUUACAUCAAAGUAUACAGUGCUCCUUCUAAACAAAUUGCUAAACCUUCUCAUAUUUCUCAAAAUGGAUAUUUAGGAUAUGAAAAGGACAGGGGCUGUCAAGGCUUAGGUUAUAAGGAAUUUAACAUUUUGGGAAACCACUCUGCUGGCUUUUGCAACAGUUUCGAUUUCACUUAUUUUUGUCAUUUACCUCAUUCACCAUGUGAGUCAUAAAAAUCAUGUAUCUUAUUUACACAGUCAUGUAGUUGUAGGAUUAUUUACUAGCAUCUAAAAAUGUAAAUAUCUGAGCCUCUAAGAAGCAAUCAAGAAUUCCCCUUAAAGCAUUACAAUGUUUUGCCUCACAAUUGUAACAAAUAGAAUUAAAAGAUUUGCUUGUAAGCUGUAUGUUCAUAAAGUUCUGUUUCCUUUGCAGAAAUGUGGUAUCAGAUCUUUCUUUGGUGUUUGGCAACAUCAGUGUUCAUCCAUUGUAUUUCGGCUGCUGUUGCUUUCUUUGCUAUGAGGCAACAUUCACGAGGAAUGCUUUUUCCUCUCCUCAUAAUAUUCAUUGGAUUUCUUUACCCAGUCACUGGAGGAAUAGUAACAAGUGAGUUUUGAUUUUUGCCUAAUUUACAAAAGAGGCCAGGAAGAUUCUGGAAUCCCAUCAUUAAAAUCCCAUCAUUUCUACUUGGCACAUAAAAUGUCUUUCAGUGACACUGGUUAUUUAACUGUAUUUAUAGUUGUUUAUCUUAAGACAGUACCUGAGAAAAUGUUUAUCAGUAGAAGUUGAUGAAUCAAUUUAAUUUUGAUAUUAUUAUGUUAUAUAUUAACCUUAAAGAUAGGGUUUGAUUCUUUAUGGAAGACUUGGGUUUGUUAUUUUGCUCCAUACUUGUGAUUAAGCAAAUAACAGCUCAAUUGUAAUAAUCAUAUCUAUGCUUAAAGUAAGCAUGACUUCAUUCUUUCUAAAGCUAUUAUAGGGGAUUCUAAUUGAGUGAAAACUGAAACUGUGAAAUUCCUUGUGAGUUUUUCACUUUAUGUACAACCUUGAAACUAAUAUCCAAAGUGAGAUUUAAGACUUGCCACAUUUAUUUAAUAUUUCUAAUUACUGGUAUAAACUUAAUGGAUUGAAAAGGUGUAAAUUUGCCCUCAAAAAUAUUACUCUAAUGACUUAGUUAUUAGGGUAAACCACAGAUGGAAGCAGACUCUUAAGUCUGAAUCAGCUCAGCACAAUUAAACUAUCAAUCAUAACCAUUACAAUUUCCUUAAAUGUGAUUGGUGCAUCAGCUGCUUCAAUUUUUCACUAAUCAUUCUGUACAGUUGUAAUUGAACAGUGUAACGGUAAUUGGACAGUUGGCUGUAAUCAGACACCUGUAAUCAGACAGUUGAAGCAGCCAAUCAUACUAGGUCCACUCAGCUAAAUCCACCAAUCACAGAAUUGAUCACAAUAACCAUAGCAACAACCACUUAUCCAAAGAAAAACAAGGCAAUUUCCAAAAUGGAGGAAUAUUGAACUGAAGAUAUUGUCCACUGGAGAUAUUUGUUCUAGGUGUAUUUGUUUUUUUCGGAAAUUGAAAUGGUUAUGAUUAAUUGGCAACAGGAUUUCUUGUCGUCCAAUUCUGUUUUUAAUCAUACUCGUGAUAAACAAAUCGGACUCCCGCUUUGCGGUUGUCUGAUUUUGUUUAUCACUCGUAUGAUUACAGACCGAAUUGGACUCCACUUAGUCCUAUUACCAUUUUUAAUCUGAUCCAUCUGGUUCUCACUUUUAGUGAUGUUAUUAAAACUCCAGAAUAUAAACUUUAUAUCAAGUUUGUGGAACAGAGAAUUGAAACAAGUUUGAUAAUCGCUCUGACGAAGGGCUAACACUUGAAACGUCAGAUUUUUACCCUUUUGGGUGGCCAAUUUACGUUUUCAACUCAGUUGUUAACACUAAAUUACCUACUAUACUCUCCCACCGAUGCAGCACCACAGUUUCUUUAGAAACUUACCCCUUUAUUCGUUUGAUAUAAAAUAUUGUGGUUUCUUUAAGUUUUCCACCAAUAGUCACGAGUUGAAAACUGCUUUAUGGCUUACCUUGUUGGCCUUAAUACUUUUUAGUAAGUACACAUCAACUCUGUCUUACACAGACGUAUAUUUAUUAUUUCUCUUCAAGCCAGGAGAUUGUGUUUUUUAGUGAUUCCUUUUUUUUCCUUGUCUUUUGCUUCAGGUGCCACAAUUGGGGCAGUAUAUCGAACAGCUCAUUUCACCAUGCCAAGGUACGCAGCCUUUCUCUGGGGUGCUGGACAAGGUUUCCUUGGCUUUCUUGUGUCGUAUUCGCGAGUUUUGGCCACCCUGUGACAAAAAUAAAACACUCUUAUUCACAAAUAAUGGUCAUCCUAUGACAAAAUACUUACCACUAUAGUGAAAGACAUGGAAGAAACUAAAAAAAGUGGUAUCUUUGAACGCUAGCAUUUGCACAUAGGUCCUUGAUGGGAAAUAAAAACUUAGUCGUUUUAGGGGCGUUUUUGGUUAUUGUAUAGUAAAAGACUGUAAUAUUCCUCCUUGAAUGUGUAAAUAUGUGUAGAAAUCAAUAAAAUCUACGGUCUCCUC